GAGCCGUGAUCACUGAUCACACAAGUGGAGAACUGAUCUCGCAGCCUGGUCUCUAAGGUGUUCAGGCAACCCAGCAGGAACCAAUGUCACCUGAUCAAUCACCCCCGAAAGAGUCGUCGAUGCAUCUCCGGUGCGGGAAAAACAAUUUUUGGAGAUCUCAGUCUCGACUCCAAUCUCAGCCUACAACCACCAUCCCCCCCCUCCAAGGAGUAGGAGUUCACAAUGGCUGCCAGUGAGUCCUCCAGAUACUUGGCAAGGUCAUUGCCACGGGCGUUGGCGCCUUCUGCUCGUCCUCAGACCUUGUGCUGGCGCCGCAAUGUCUCCGACCAAGCAUCGUCGAGAUCUCCCUCCGCCGAACUGAGCGAGCUGGAAUCCACCGACCUCGCCUCCACAAAUGCACCCAGCGAACUGGUGCAAUCUUAUGAUCCCAUCGCCAGAGCCAGAGGUCGCAAGACCAAACUACCCCGGAGUCGUUACCAAUUCCGGUCCCCCAAAUACUACCGUGGUCCGCUCCACCCUCACCAGCCGCCUCCGCCCUCCGACCCUUCCUCCCGACUGUACGUGCCCGGCCCAUUCUCCCUUCCCCGAGUCGAGCAGACCUGGCAAUCGACCGUCGCCUCGGACAUCCUCACCCUCCUCUAUGUCCACAACCCGCCGGGCUUCAAGCCGCCCGUCAAGGCGCCCCGUCUCCGCAGCUGGGACGACAGCUCGCCCUACCACAAGAACCGCAGCCUCCGGGGCCCCCGCGGUGGGGACGUGCUGCGCCUGCUCCGCAAGCCCAUCGACUUUAACAACAUCCCGCGCCUCGAGCGCAUCACCAUCCACAGCUACGUCAACAUGGCGACGGAGAACUCGUCCUGGCUGCACGCCGCCGGUAUCGCCGUGCAGGCCAUCUCCAACGUGCGCGUGCAGACCUUCAAGUCCCGGACCAGCGUCCAGAAGUGGGGGAUCAUCCCCGGCCGCGACACCGUCGCCUGCACGGCCGACCUGUACGGCGAGAACAUGAUGCACUUCUUCGGCAAGCUGGUCGACAUCGUCCUGCCCCGCAUCAAAGACUGGCAGGGUGUCAAGGGCAGCAGCGGUGACAGCAGCGGCAACAUCACCUUCGGUCUCGACCCCGAGCAUGUCGCUCUGUUCCCGGAGAUCGAGAUCAACUAUGAUAUGUACCCUCCCAAGAUGAUCCCCGGUUGCCACAUCACCAUCCACACCUCCGCCAGAACCGACAAGGAUGCCCGCCUUUUGCUUAGCGCUCUCGGUAUCCCCUUCUAUGGCAAGAUUAUUCAUUGAAAUGUCGGCGUCCCAGUAGAUAGAAGUGCGCUUCAUCCUCGCUCACUCAUUCAAGGCGCGGCGAGAUGAUCGCGAUUCCAAGGUUGUUACUUUGUAGAGUGGAUUCUUUUUGGUCUUGGUACUUUUCCCCAUUUUGGUUGUUUCUGGCUGGCAUUGAACAUGUAACAUGGAGGGUAUGUCUCUGGUGUUGUUAGAUUCUUUAUGUAAAAUACGCUAUCGCUUUCGAUUGUGCCUUGAUUGUGUGUACUUUACCCUCUGCAAGCCGAUGUUUGUUGUAUUCC